AUGGUUCCGUCAGCUGGAGUCCGUGCAAUUGACACAGUUCCAGUACAGCAAGUCGAUGUCAGUAAGGAUGAACUUCCAUCAGAAAAUCAAGAUAAAAAGGUAUACUACUCAUUUCAUCUGGGAAAUAGCAGUAAUGUGAUUGAUUGCAUAAUUGGCAGAAUUGAUCUCGAAAUGUUCGUCGAUUCUGGAUCGGACGCAAAUCUGAUAACUGCAGAUUCAUGGGAGCUAUUGAAGACUAAACGCGUCGACGUCUGUAAUUGUCAGAAGGGCAGCUCUAAAAUACUAAAAGCGUAUGGAAGUCAAACUCCUUUAGAAAUUCUUGGAACAUUCAGCGCCUCCAUCACCGUCGGUGGUCGAACAAUCAACGCCGAUUUUUUCGUCGUUGCCAAGGGUCAACGAAACCUUCUUGGAGACACAACUGCGAAAGAACUUGGCGUCCUCAAAGUUGGCAUAGAUAUUCAUCAAGUUACACAACCAAUCGAUCAGGAUCUGUCACCUUUUCCGAAGAUAAAGGGUGUGCAAAUUCAUAUCCAGAUGGAUCCGAAUAUUGUAGCGGUAUUUCAACCGCUCCGUCGAAUUCCUAUUCCACUGGAGGAUGCUGUCAAUAAAAAGUUGGAUGAUCUAUUGGCAAGGGAUAUCAUCGAGAAAAAGUCCGGCCCAGCAACAUGGGUCUCUCCCUUAGUGGUGGCAAAUAAGGCGAACGGCGAGAUAAGACUCUGUGUUGACUUGAGACGUGUGAAUCAAGCAGUAAUCCGAGACCGCCAUCCCAUGCCGGUAAUAGAAGAUGUGCUGGCUAAAGUAGGGCGGGGAAAUGUGUGGAGCACGUUGGACGUCAAAGAUGCCUUCUUCCUGUUGGAACUGGAUGAAGCAUCCAGAGAUGUCGUAACCUUCAUAUCGCAUCGAGGGCUUUACCGCUUCAAGCGUUUGCCUUUUGGCCUCGUGUCCGCUCCCGAGAUAUUUCAGCGCACAAUGGACGAGAUGCUCGCUGACUGUGUUGGAGCAUAUUGGUAUCUCGACUAUGUAGGAGUUGAAGGUCGUACCGUAGAAGAGCAUGACUCUCGUUUAAAAAAGGUAUAA